AUGUCUGAGUUUUUCUCCAAUCUCGAAGAGGUCGCGUACUCCGUAGUCGAAUAUAUCCCAGUACUCGGCACCCUGUACUCUCUAAGACGAGCCGCUACCGCAUAUCGCCCGGAGGAUCAGACGCGACGUUGGCAGUCCGUCGGCAACUACAUCGAGAGCUCCGUCCGCGAUGUCCUUCUCAUUUGCAAGAUCGGCGAACCCGUCCUAGUCGCCCUUAUUCACACCAUGGCCGAGUCGUUCACCGACAAAAUGAUUGAGCUCUACCAUCACAAGCCUACAGAGGACAAGCCAAUUCCUACUUUCGAAAUCAGCGAAGAGCUGCAUAGAAAGCUGCGUAAAGAAAACGGACAUGUACUCAUUGUCCAUUCCCGACAGGCCGACAUCAAGGCUCUCGAGAGAAAAGUCUUCCAAGGCGAAGGCAAUCAAGGCAAAGCCAAGGGUGUGCACCACUUUCACGGCGCUGUGUUCACUGGUACGCUCACUGACCCCAGAUAUGCUCCAGCUCCAGGCGUGGAGAUCUGGCUUGAUAUUCCGCAGGGAUUGUACGAGGGGGCAUCAGUCACCUUCUCGUGGAAAUGGACUGUAGACGCCUAUGGAACAAAGAAUUCACCUUCAGCCACGUGGGGUCGUAUUAAAUUGAACGCCGGCACACCCACAGAUUUCCAAUUGUCCAGCCGCAAGGGUGCUUCCGGAUGGUUAGGUUAUGACUUUUGGGGUACGAUAGACUCCAAGGACGAAAUCAAUGCUACAACCAAAAUCGGUGGUGAAAAUAGAAAUAUUGUCUUCAAAAGGUUGGACGGAACUUGA